AUGUAGGCUAGCGGCCCUGGUUAGUUAGGUGUACCGUGUACCUUCACUGUGCUCCAAGAUUUGUUUUUGCUGUGCUGCUCUAUUUCUUCCUUCUCUGCUAGAGUGUUGGAAUUUAGCAAAAACAUGAGUUAUCUGGGUGUGGGAGUUAGCCCUGGGAAUGUUCCCGUCUACCAUGGCACUAAUUUGAAGGUCAUUGAUAGAAGAGUGAGAGUUGCAGAGCUGGUUUUGAGGUGUCUCAUAUGUGGCUUAAGCGUUCUUGCAGCUGUUCUUGUUGGAACAGAUACCCAGAUCAAAGAGAUCUUCACUAUUCAAAAGAAAGCUAGAUUUACAGACAUGAAAGCUCUUGUGUUUUUGGUGGCGGCCAACGGCAUAACUGCAGCUUACUCAUUGGUACAAGGAGUGCGUUGCGUUGUGGGUAUGGUGAGAGGAAGUGUCCUUUUUAGUAAGCCUCUGGCUUUUGCCAUUUUUUCUGGAGAUCAGGCACUGGCAUACUUGAAUGUGGCUGCAGUGGGAGCUGCAGCACAGUCAGCGGCGUUUGCUAAGUUGGGGCAAACAAAGCUUCAAUGGAUGGUGAUAUGCAACAUGUACGGGAAAUUUUGUAACCAAAUUGGGGAAGGAAUAGCAGUGUCACUACUAGUUAGCAUCUGCAUGGUGGGCCUAUCUUGUAUCUCAGCAUUUGGUCUCUUCCGCUUAUAUGGUAGCAAUAAGGCCAAGAACAACUCGGGGUGGUAGAAAUUUGGGUGCUAAAAAUGUACUGCUUUGUUUUACUUUCAAAGGCUGGUUCCCUAGUUUUUCUGUAAUUUUUUAUGUUUGUUUCAUAUAAUAUAGUGUUAAUGCUUAUAUAACAAAAAGUGGGGUUUUAUCAGUUUUUGGAAAUCCCAUUUGUCAAUAAAUGAAUUUUGGAUUUUGCA